CUACUAAUGAAAAACCGAUGUUUUUGACGGAGAAUUAUCAAGCUAUGCUCUAUCGCACUGGAAUUUACAAUCACUAGAAACAUUUGUGGUCAUGCUGUCCGCAUACACAAACGGGAUGAAGUCCCCCAAAUCCAGACGAGCUAUACUUCGUAGCAAAUCACAACGGGAAAGAACCAACCCAAAAUGUGUGAUAUCCUCACGCCAUAAGGUGCCAAGUUUUGAUAAACUGGAUCAGGCUGAUAACGGAAAACCUCCAAAAACGCUAUUGAAGAUUGAAAAUGAUGGGGGAAAUGAGAUUAUUUAUAUUCUCCCACGACGUGCACAAGAUUUGGGGCAUACAGCAGACUGCGCGGUUUUGAAACAGAGUGCCAGGAUAAUGGCAGACGAAAGUCCUAACAAGCGUGUGCAAACAAAGCGCCGUGACAACAGAAAUCCAACACUUUUGGAACGGUUGGUUCACAGUCGAAAUAUAUGGUGUUGUCCGAAUAUUGACAGGAAUAUGUCUGAGGAAUUGUUAAACGGUGCAGAGCAGGGGAACUUUGUACUGCGAGCCAGCAACAGUACGGAUGCUAUGGUGCUUAGUCGGUGCAUCAGCAGUGAAUCAAACUACCCAAUUGGAAGCGAACCUGAGCAGACUGUUGAACACCACAUCAUCACCGUCCUACCUCGUUCGGGUUACUGCCUGGCUGGCGACAAGACAGCUCAUUUGGUUUUCGGCAGUGUAAUUCAUCUACUGCAUUUCUACAUCCGUCUGUCCAGCAGACGACUCGGAACGGAGGGACCAUUUCUCCAACUUCCCCGAUCGAUAAUGGAGGCGAAAACCAUGAACGAUUUGGACCAUUUGAACCGUCAGGGGAUUGAUUUUUGGUCGACCAGGCUUGUAAAUGACACGAAGCGCGAAUUGGUUGAUCAGCCUUCGCAGCACAGGCAGUGCUCAACCGCUCCUCAGACUAGCCCAGAACCGCCAAAACGACGCCUGCGACCGAAUUCGGUAGAUCGACGGACAGACAAGCAGGACGACCUGGAUUAUUUCCUUCGCCGAAUAGUCACCGAUCGACAAAGUCGAGAAACACGCCCUGAUGAAAAAACAUGUGGUUCAACCACCAUUUCUCGUCCGGGUUCUCGUCUUCGAGCGACCUCGGUCAACGCCCAUGACAAUAUGCGACAACCCUUGUGCAAAACUGCGAAAGACCUGCCUUCUCACAAGGACGGGUAUGCCUCGGAAAACUCUGUGUGGCCAGCGACAAAACAAGCUGUCGAUUCAAAUCAGUCGGGUGCACAUUCUGUCCAGUUGAUUGAACGAUUGCCGCUCCCAAUGACAGAUCGUUUUCAGACUGUUCGGUGCAGUGCAGGCAAAACGGGGAUAUAUGAAGGUGAGCAGAGUGAAUUUUGGCGGUCCGUACCGGUGAAAAACCUUCCUCGAAAACCAUCCAUUGAUUCCACAACUGACUAUCAGAACAUUAUGAGUAAGAAUCCACCGUCACAGAAGAUACGCGCGACAGAAUAUGCUAGGGACCAUGGACAAAUGCUGUGCCCACCGCCUCCACGUUAUACGCCCAAUGGAAUCAAUGCUACGGUGCCCCCUUGCACUGACUCACAGGCAGGUCAGUGUUCUGCAGUUGUGAAUUUGUGGCCCAGUCGCCCUCACCGGAUUAUCACUGGUCUUCUGUGUCGAACUCUGGAUGAACACUUACGAUCCAUAGAAGCGGCCGAGCAUCUCCAAUCGAAGAAGCACAUGGUCACUAUAGAACAAAAUGGAAACGGCCAUAAGAUUCAAUACCCUUCAGUGAAAGAAACCUUGGAGAUAAGGACCUCUAAUCCCUUAUCAGAUUCACACAGUGGAAUAAAUAACCUCGCUUCAGUGGGACACAAUUCUGCCGAAGGCCAUACUCCUGGGAUUACUACCAGUGCAGAGAAAGAACCCGCUGUCCUCCCCGAUCCUCGGAAGUUCAGCUCUAACGAUCCGACACAGAAAAUUCUCGAAUUUCCCACCCCCAAAUCUGUCGGACGAGUGUUUGUCAUGGAAGCUGCAACCUACUCCAGCGAUGACUAUGAGUUUCUCUCAGAAACCGGACCAUCUCGUCCAUAUGUUGCCCCAGCUCAAACCUCAAAUCAAGGACAUUCUCAUUCGGGAGAUGAGAAACAAUGUAUCUCCCCGGUGGUCAAGGGAACCAGAUUGCGCCGGGCUGCCACGACCCGGGAGGGCCAACGGAAAUUCCCAUUUGGUUCCGGUGAUGAUGCGGGAAUUGGUAAUCGUCAUGCCCUGCUACUAGACGGCUGGGAUAAAUGGAAAACGGUGAAUGUGCAACAGAAUUCACAAGGAAAAUGGCCGAAAAAUGGGGCCGAAAUACCUUCACAAAACCAUACCUUGGUGGACAAUCCCGCUACCAUUCAAUCAAAUCUGAAUGUGUUUUUUGGUCCUCAAGCCGCAUUGGACAGACAGCCUUCCCCCAAACCCCGGACGGUAAAAAACCUCAGGACAGAAUGUCCUUUGAAGGCUGAUGAUGGAGAACCCCUGACAACGAAGUCUAAUGAAGAUGAUUCUGCUUCGAAACAAGACUACCUAUUGUUCGGUGGAAGUAAGCCAACACUCACAGUUGGGACCACACCGAAACCCUCUGCGCCGUUGGAAGCUGAUGCAGUGCCAGAUCCCACAAAUGCACGAUGCCGUCGACUAACUGCGGAUGAUAGUGAACGCCGAGAAAACACAUCAGAACUAGGUCCCUCACCUUCGACUAGCAGUCGUGCAAGCACGGUCUUUUGUCUCCCAUGGGACACGGCUCCAUUCGGUGGUUACCUAUCCGACUUGAUCAAUCUGGCUGGUGGCACAAACGGAUCAGGCAGUCGGAAGGAACUUGUCUAUCGUCGUCGCACCAUGUCCGGUUUGGACCGACGUUAUCCUCUCGACAGACUCUCUGUCAGCAACGAACUGUCCGCUUCCUCGGCGGAUUCACAGAACAAAGCUGAAUUUCAAAGACUACUCCUGUUGUGGAUGCAAACAAACGGUAAUACGGGAGCCACAGCCGAUACGUUACCUGUUGCCGCAAACGGCCAAACGACCGUUCCCAACCACCCUCCCCUGGUGACAGACAGUCGAAAGACAAAUAUUCCGCCGCCAAUCCCGCGACGUCGCUCACGCCAUGGUAACGGUGUGAGGCAGUCUGCCUUUGCAUAUCCAUCCGACAUCUCAAUGGUUUCAGAUAUUAGUCCCUAUGCAGUAACAGUAUGUCCCACAAAGUCCCAAUUUUCGAAAGAUCACGAAUGCCCGUCAAAACUAAAGCCAUUUCAAGGUACCAGCGCCGUCGAUCCUAAUGAAGGUUCCGAUGUGUAUGACGAAGCCUUUUGUGGAAAUGAUGAGGACGUUGUCAGACGCACGGAUCCAGUUCCUAUCCAUUCUCAGCCAUCUUCACGCAUCCCAACUCCCUUGUCCAAACUGGAAUCAACGUUCUGUGGAUCGGCACCAAGCUCCUCGCCGAACAUGCCCACUGGUGAUAGACCACCGAAUUAUGUUUAUGCUCAAGUGAUUCCUCGGCAUCUUCGCAAUCAUUCAGAAUCGGACAGUGGCAGCGAUAAGAAGAAACAAAGCAGUCAGAAUCCUUUGGCUCCAGAAAAGUCAAAUGGCACUUCAAAAUUUGGCCAUGGGAGAAAACAGCUUGCAUACGUGGAAAUUGACGAUGCAUUCUAUGCAGAUGGAUAUGGCUGCGCAACUUUGGGGGCGGGUGGUAUGCCUCUGUGUUCGACCGUCGACAAUUACUACCGCCCAAAUCCCUUGCUCUCGUCCAAUUCAAAUUCAAGUUUAUCCGACUACUCAUCCCAGUCCAGUAGUCAUUCGAAUCUGGGUGGUGAGUCAUCCACAUUCUCCUCUGCGCGCUUCCAGACGGCACAAACAUCACGCAGAGGAAGUCCUGGACGACCGACCGAGGUAAAACAGUCCGGCUGGUACAUCAGGAAAUUUCUGCAACGCUUGAUCAAAGACAAAACUGGUGAGGUUGCGGAGCAGAUUGGUCUGUUUAUUGAGUGCACCAGAGCGAGCUCCGACCGGGGUCCGUACCGAACCAUGCAGUCGAUUCGGCAAUUCAUCAACGGAAUGACAAAUUAUCUGAUGCGGAAUCCCAAACUUGGACUCUCGGAAGCUGUGAACAAGGAGAAAGAACAGCUUUCGGACUAUGGAUUCCUCAAUGUUGGUGCCAUCUUGGAAACAACUCUGCAGAAGUAUGUCCUCCGUCCGCUGCAUCGCCACGUGAUACGACAACUAAAAAGAGAACAAAUUAGGCACAAUGAACUCGAGUCGGUUCGGGCUAAAAUUCAUUUGGCACGCUGUUCACCCAGCGACUCUCUACCUCCGUCUUACGGUGUCUCUAAAUUAGUCCCAAGUCCAACUGACUCAACUGUUCAGCGAGUGAAUGAACUAUUCCACCAAAUGGAGAGUCACUAUGCCGUGUCCCGCAAGAUGUCCCAUUUGAGUGAAAUCUUCAGGUUGAUUCGCGACGAAGUAAACUCUCGAAUUUCCACACAUAACAUACAGCUGUCCUCAGAAGACUAUCAUCCAAUCUACGCGUGGACACUGGCCAGAGCUGGACUACUCCUGGCCCCUCUGAUUCCCGAUCCGAUCAAUUCUGAUCACUCGUGUCCCACCAAAGCGGCAUUUUGUCCCGCAGCUCUUCAGGCUGACUACCUUGAUGGCUUGUUGACCAAGUCACAGCUUAGUAACCAAGCCAUAGAUCAAUGCAGUUUGAACGACUUGUUUGGAACUCUCUACUGGGUUUGGAGUCGUUCGACAACACAUCCAGACCUGCAACGUGGUAGUUCGGUAGAACAUUUGGUUUCCAGUGAUAUGGAAAGUCCAAGAACGCCCAACGUCAGUGCUACGCCAAACGGUGGUUUCACCUCGGAUUUCCAACAGUGUGCGAUGUUACCACCACCGCCAGUCUCGAUGCAACAUCCGGAUCACUUCAAGUCGAUGAAGAGAAGAAUUAUCCCUCCGAGCCGGCGAAAAACAGUGACAACGGUCCAACACCCAGGAGCCAGUCCUGUCGAGUCACAAUCCGGCUCUCCAGUUACCGGGUCGAAAUUCGAAUUCGUCUCCAAAAUCCCAGCCAACACGUUACAACGUGCGGCGUCCAAACAGUCGGUGAGAAGCUACGGUAUAGAAACAGAACAGGCUGUGACAGUUCGAUCGGGAGAUGUGGAACACUUGUCUGCCCGAUGGCGACCUUGGGCACCAAGUGUUUCGGGCUCGGGUUUUUCCACAACUGCCGGAUCUGCUCGUGAACAGCCGCUUGUUCGUGUUCUUGUAAUGGACGAAAAGACCAACCAAAUGCGUAGCCAAUUCUACCCUGUACGACCAAGUCUGACAGCAAGUGAACUAUGUAAUAUUUUGGCGUUCAGGAUGAAGAUCUUCGAUCCGAAGGAAUUCGGUUUGUUCGUUCACGUCGAAGGCAGGGAAAUUCCACUGGACGACAGUCUCCGUAUAGCCGACUUCAUUGACACCACCCAAGCCGAUGUGUUUGACUUACAACACCUCAACGCGGUCCGAUCCAACAUGAGCACUCCCGGGAGUGUAAAAGACUUACCGACCAUACCUCUAACAAUGAAUACCACACACACAACAGCUCCCUCGGCGUCAUCCAGAUCCGGCUCACCUAGCCCCCUGGAAGCCACAAUGAACCGACCACAUAAGCCGAACCGGAGCAUACCUUGUGUUGUCGCACCAUCUUGGUGGUCGGCUUGGAAACGUAAAGGUGUACCUUUCAGUUUUGAUAGAAAACACAGCUCCCCAAACAUUACUCAUGAUGCUGCGGAACUCGUGGGUCAAGCGCCCACUGCGAUCGAUGCGGGAACGCGCGUUUCGAAAACAAAUACAAAGCCCGUAAUGAUUUACAGACGUACUUCCGGGUAUUUCGCCAUUUCAGACAGAGCGCUGUCAGAAGACAACAGUUCAAUUUCGUGACCAAUCAAAAUGCUUGGUGGAACACAGCGUGUGGAAGGUGCAUACAAGCGCGACCCAAGUUACUGGGAUCACUUGUUUUGAUUAUCGCUAUUGUUGAUCUUGUUAUUUGAGCUUUCGUUUUUCGGUAUAUUAUAUGACUUAUUCAUUUGAGAGUCGAUCUCUGUGAAAA